AUGCAGACCAAGUCGCUUUUGGUCUCUGCGCUGGUGGCUGCUUCGACGCUCGCCAGCGCAGAACCAGUGGCCAAGCGGAAGAUAUACUUUCCUCGAGAGGUCAAGAGACAGUUUAUCAACACGACCGUCGCGAAUGUACUCCCCUCGACGACGACUGCCGAGACUACCACGUCCGAUUCCUCGUCGAGUCAGGGUCUUUCCUUAUCAGACAUUCUGACGAGCCUUUCGAGCCUGGUAUCCGAACCCAGCGUGAUACCAACCGCAACCGACACUCAGUCCGAGACCAGCAGUUCCAGCACGACGACGUCCGACACCGUCAUUGUCUCUCCGAGUGGGACUACGACUACGGUUACUACGGAGGAUGUCACUUCAACCUCUACCUCCACCGACACCGGCUCGGCCGUGACGGUGCUGCCGUCCUCUGCAACUGAUAGCUCCUCGUCCUCUUUGACGGAGACGGCGACUACUACAUCCGUCUCUUCUGCUUCGCUGGCGUCCGACACGACAACAUCUCUCUCCUCGGAGGCUACCCCAAGCGCGAGCUCGAUCGAGACGUCCCAAACCAGUGCCAGCGCGACCGAGGACACAACGACCGGCCUUCCCCUCACCUCCAUCCUGAGCAGUAUUGUGUCCGAUAUCACUGCUUCUUCCACAGAUGGAGUUGGUUCAACAGGUUCUAUUCCCAGCUCAAUUGUGCAGCCGACGAGCCGAACGUCAUCUGACUCCGCCACCGCGUCUGCCACGGAAUCUGCCACGGGAUCUGCCACGGGAUCCGCCAGCGCUACCGAUGGCACAACGACCGGCCUUCCUCUUACCUCUGAUCUGAGCAGCAUUGUGUCCGAGAUCACUGCUUCUUCCACAGAUGGAGUUGGUUCGACAGGCUCUAUCCCCAGUUCGAUUGUACAGCCAACCAGUCGUACAUCAGAGACCGGGUCUGCCACGACCGCAACGGGAUCAGCCACCGGAACUACGAGCUCGUCUGAUUCUACUGGCACGAAUGUCAGCUCCAGCACCCAGUCCGGCGACGACACAGUGCCCACAUCGACUGGUGAUUCUACUACUGCGACUUCGAGCGGUACCGUGGGAACUGGAAGUGCCACCGGCUCUUCGUCUCCCAGCUCGCUUGUCAGCUCCGGCUCCAGCUCUGGCAUUGUCAUUGCUCCCACUGGCAUUGUGACACCGUCUUCGAGCGGUCUCCCGUUGAGCAGCCUACUGUCCGAACUUACGAGUGGCCUUGCUCCGACUUCGACCAAUGGAACAGACUCUGAGACAGCCUCGGCCACAGAAACCACAGCUCCGACUGUCGACCCCUCCGCAACGGGUCCUGGGACAGGCGUGACUACUACUCAGCAGUCCACUCAGAGCAUUGACCCCUCAGCUACGGGCCCAGGCACAGGCGUUACCGCCUCUACGAUUGAUUCGUCCGCAACCGGUCCUGGAACGGGCACUACGAUCAUUUCAGCUACUGAAACGUCACUUUCCUCGUCCUCGAUUCAGACCAUCGAUCCCUCUGCAACCGGGCCAGGAACUGGCAUUACGACCGCGACGACACCUUUGCCGACUGGGACGGAGAUUGGUAAUGGUACCACAGUCAUCAGCACUGACGCCAACACAAGCACCGAUAUCCCAAUCACUGCCAACACGACAGUCACGGAUUUGCCGACAUCAGGUGUGAGCACCUCGAUCUUGCCGCCGACCUCGACAGACGCGACUGUGUCCCAAAACGUGACCACGCCCGAGCCUGGCACAAGCACGGAGAGCUUGCCGACUACGGUCACCCUUCCGCCCAACGCCACAGUCCCCGUGUCAGAGACCGAGACUUCUGCCUCGCUUACUACGACCGAGGCGACUACCUCUUCAGCUGUCCUACCCAGCAUCACAACUGUGUCUUCCGAAAGCUUGGGCAGCAGCUUAGUCGCCACUUCUACAAUCACCGACUCCUCCGAGUCUUGGUUGCCCACUACCAUCAUUGUUGCGCCAUCGACAAGCACCGUGACUGGUGAUAAUACUGCUACGACUGCCACUUCGCUGCCAUCCAAUCUGCCAAAGGCCAUUACACCUGACACCGGAACCUUGCCGAUCCCAGACGGAACUGUUGAGAUUCAGCUUGGUUUCAAGUUCCCCUUGAACUACGCUUUCAUUGCCAGCCAUCCUAAGGCGGCUGCUCAGGUCCUGUCAGGCAUUCCUAAGGCUUUGCGCCACGCGGGUGGUAUCACCAACGAUGGGCUUGUUCAAAUGAGAAGGCUUCAGCCGCUCCAAGGAUACGACCAGAAGAAGGGCUACACGCCGACCAUCGCUGUUGCGACAUACCCGGUGGACCUCGUCAGCACGCUCAGCUUACAGGUCAAGCAACCCGCAUCUGCGCUAUACCAACAGGAUGACAUGCUGGUGAGGAACAUCACGCAGCAGAUUGACUCCACUAUCAGCAUCAUCAUUGGUAGUGGUGCUGAUGGAUCUGGCUCGACCGGAACUGACAGUGGAAGCGGUUCAUCCAGCACAUCUUCCUCAAGCGGAAAUGGUGGCGACGUAUUCGGAAACUCGGGUUCCAGCGAUUCCUCCGCAAGCCAGAGAGGGCAGACGGCUGGUAUUGCUGUGGGUGCCGUGGUCGUCUCGGCAGCUUACGGAACUGCCAUGUUCAUCAUUGCUCGGCGGUACAAGCGGAGGAGGCAGGCACACGCCCGCACCAGCUCCGUCUCCAAUGGUUCUUCUCCGAUGCGCCAGACCGGUAGCCCGGCCCUGAUGGGCGGGGCUCUCCUGAGCCGCGACAUGUCUAGUUACGGAGCAGCAGGUGGCCGUGAUAGUCACGGCAGUGGCAGAACCGGACGAAGCGGCAUGAGCAACUCGGCACGGACAGCCUACAUCUCACCACCCGUCGCGGCGGCAAACUCGUUGGGCUGGAACUGA